AAUAUAUAGCAUAGGCAACUAUAUAUAUAUAUAUAACUGACAACAGAAGUAAGGCAAACAGAGAUUAGGAUUUUAAAGUAAGAAUAAGAAUGGUUGAGGAGCAGAAAGUUCAGAUUCCUAGGGUGAAACUUGGAACUCAUGGAUUUGAGGUUUCAAAGUUGGGGUUUGGAUGUAUGGGGCUUUCAGGAGGCUACAAUGAUCCUGUCCCUGAAGAGGUUGGCAUAUCAAUCAUCAAGCACGCAUUCAGUCAAGGAAUCACAUUCUUUGAUACUUCAGAUAUUUAUGGGCCACAUGCUAAUGAAGUUUUGGUGGGAAAGGCACUGAAGCACUUGCCUCGAGAAAAGAUUCAGUUAGCUACAAAAUUUGGUAUUGUCAAAUUUGAUCUUAAUAAUGUUGAAAUAAAUGGUACCCCUGAAUAUGUUCGAUCCUGUUGUGAGGAUAGUCUGAAGCGCCUUGGUUUGGAUUACAUUGAUCUCUAUUAUCAACACCGGAUUGACACGACAGUACCUAUAGAGGAGACUAUUGGGGAACUUAAGAAGCUGGUGGAAGAAGGAAAAGUAAAGUAUAUUGGAUUGUCUGAAGCUAGUGCAGACACAAUACGAAGGGCACAUGCAGUUCAUCCCAUCACGGCUGUACAAAUGGAGUGGUCCCUCUGGACUCGCGAAAUUGAGGAAGAAAUAGUUCCACUUUGCAGGGAGCUUGGAAUUGGAAUAGUACCAUACAGCCCUCUUGGUCAUGGAUUCUUUGGUGGCAAAGCAGUUAUAGAAAGUGUACCUGCAAACAGUUUUCUGAACAUACAUCCUAGAUUUCAAGCAGAGAGCUUAGAGCAAAACAAGACCAUUUAUUUUCAAAUAGGAAAGUUGGCUGAAAAGCAUGGAUGCAGCCCUGCACAACUUGCACUUGGAUGGAUUCUUCAUCAAGGAGAUGAUGUGGCACCUAUCCCUGGGACUACAAAAAUUAAAAAUCUUGAUGCCAAUAUCGGUUCCUUUAGAGUGAAGCUCACCAAAGAAGAUUUGAAAGAGAUUUCUGAUGUAAUAACCAUCAACGAGGUGGCAGGGCAUAGAACAACUGAUGCUUUUAUUCACUGCUCGUGGAAGUUUGCAAAUACACCAGAAAAAGAAAGUAAGUUAGCCUAAUAAGCUAUGUGCACAAUGGGAAGUGCAUGUCUCAUGGAAAGAAAUAAAAUCAUGAGGCCACAUAAAGCUACUUCAAAUUGUGAAAGACGAAGAUGAUCAGCUACCAAAGAACAGUCCAAACUAUGUUUGAGAUAUGGUUGCUUACUGUUAAGACUAUGAUGAAUGGUGUAAUAUUGAAUUCACAGAACAGUGAUGCUGCUUGUUUUGUGUGUUACAAUAAUUAUGAUUCUGGUUACUCUGUUGUUUUAAGAA